CGCUCAGUGCUGCCGUCGUCAAUGUUGUCGUCGCAACAGCAGCAGCAGCCACCCUGCCUUCUUCUGCACCAAAACAUCUACACAUAGGCUUCCCCAGAUUUCAACGGAUAUAUUAGCGAGUGUGUGUUUAUGUUCGAAAUUAACAAGAAAGCAAAAAAAUCAUAGAAGAGAUUUGCGACGAUACGUCGCCAAUUUUUGUCAAGAUUGUUGUUAAUGAUCAAAAAGAAUUUAUAAAUGGGAAGUAAGAGGCGCAACACUUCAGUUGCUAGCAAUUCGAUUCUGUCACCCUUUUAUUAUAAUAGUAAUUAUUAUUAUGAAUUUGUUAUCUUUUUUCUUAUAUCUCCGCCACGCAAAAGGUGAUAUUGUACUUUAAAAAUGUUCGAAUUCCAGGGAAGCUAGGAAACACUAGGAUGGUAUGUAAGGCAAGUUCUUUACUAAUUUAGUUCCCGUCCCGUUCGAAAACGAACAAACAUAAAAAAAAGCAAAAACAUUUGAACAUUACAAAACUAAUAACCGUAUCGGUACUGAACACUUAUGCAAUGGGAUAAAAACUAACUUUCUUCGUUAUUUAAGAUUAGCAACAACUGUUUCCUAUGGCUAAUGAACGGAAAAGGGUUGUAUACGGGACGUUCUCGCGAAAGUUGUGGUCAACAUACCAGAAAUACAUGAAGGGAGAUUGUAUUCCCUUCAAUAGUAUUCGCGAUGCAUUCAAUGAACUCAACCUUUAUCCAUCACUUACUCAGGUACAUGAGAUGGUCUGGAGUACGAAAGAAUGUCCAGCACACAACUCUGGAGAAGGUCUUGGCUUUGGAGAAUUCUGUGUAUUUGUCAAUGAGUUAGAGGAAUAUUAUAAAAAAGGGCAGGAUAGUUUAAAAGCUGUGAAAGAAAUUCAAAAGUGUCAAAAAGCUGAGAAAACAAAAUACAAAGAUCAAGUAUUCCUUGGUGGUUCCUGUAAUCCGACAACUUGGCGUUCUGAUUGUGCUGUCCCAUAUUUAGAAAAACAAGGUAUCAGCUAUUUCAACCCGCAAGUGGAAAAAUGGGACGUCCAUCAAAUAGGAAAAGAACAUGAGGCCAAAAUGGCUUCGGAAGUGUUGUUGUUUGUCAUUGAUAACCGAACCCGUGCAAGUUCAUCUUUGAUUGAAAUAGCUUAUUCAGUUGGAAGCCAAAGACAGGUAUUGCUUGUAAUCCAUGAUAAUGAGAGCAAGAUCCCAAAAAGCGAACUUGAAGAACUAAAAACAAGUUAUGACCUCAUCACAGAUAUAUCCGAACGCAGUGGUUAUCCAGUCUUCAGAGAUCUCAAUACAUCCUUAAAAUGUUUAAAUCGAAUGCUAAAGCAGCAUAUUAAAGUACAACAAUUAUCCUCAAACGAUGGUGCAAGGCCAGUAAAACAUGGACAUCUACGACUAGGGCAUUCUCUACAAUAUUUGUGGGAAGUGUUUGUUCAAUACAGUGAAGGAGCUGACAAACUUAGUUAUAAACAGGCGUGCGAUGCUUUCCACUACACAACAGGACAACUUUUAGACACCGGUUGGAUGCAACCUCUUGUCAAUGGAUCUGAAGCAAUGUCGUUUUCUACAUUUUGUUGUCUUGUUAUGGAAGCAAAAAGUCAAUUGGCACUAUGUUACCCUUCACUUCGACAGCUGUUAACCAACACAUUGUUUAUUCUGCUCUCUAUUACCAAAACUGUGCCUAACUGGUUAGGAUGGAUGUUUGGAAGAAAUUCAGCUUUAAAGUCAAAACAGGUAGAGAAAAAGUACGAUUUUUACCUCGGUGGUAGUUACAAAAGUCAAAACUGGAGAGAAGACAUUGUUUUACCAAUUCUCAGGGAACAUAACUGCUCCUCUACAUUUUCUCAGAAUGGAGUAUGGAGUUGGGAAACCAGUUCGUUAAACAAUGCUCUGCAUGAUGAGUGUCAACUAUUGCUCUAUGUUAUUACCUCAGAUGUCUGUGCUCUAACUUACAUGAUUCAGGCUGCUUAUUACAUUGGUCAGGGAUAUCGAGUUGUAUUGUGUCUUCAGAUGAUUCCAGAAGAAACAAGCACCCUUUUCCAAGGAGAGAAGAUUGAUGAGCAAGCAUUACAAGACUACAAUCGGGGCCGAUCCUACCUCCGUGAUAUUGCCGAGCGGGAGAACGUUGCUGUAUUCAGUGACAUUAAGGAAGCGGUGCUGCACGCUGUUCAAAUCAUCAAACCGUCUCCGCCAACCCUCGUCAUGACAGAGAAGGUUACCAUCUAAGGGAGACAACUCUCAAACACUCGCUCACUUCAUUCACCUACAUACUCUACCACACUCCUCCCUGCUCACUCACUCGUUCGCAUAACACACUCGUUCACACUUUCAUUCAAUCCCCAUUCCAUUGAAAGAAAAAGAAAUUUUUAAAAACUUAUACAUAAUAACUGAAAAUAAAAGAAACAAAAAAAAACAAAUGAAAGUAAAUAGAAAUUUUGACUGGCGUGCUGCUGUUCUGUUGGUUGAUGUAUUCAAUAAGAAUGUGCUGUGUUUCCCCUGUCUGCCUCUUAUUUUAAUUAUUGGUGCAAUGUGUAUAUACACAUAUAUACUCCAUGUCAUUUGUACUGAUGUUAUUUAUUCUUUCCAUCUCAUUGGACAUUUUAGAAGUGAAUUAUGAAUGAUUUUAAUGG